CCGCGUGUGUGAUGAGGGCGUUCUGGAGGAUCCGGGCGGGUUCGGUCAUGUGGACGGCACCGAUGAGGAGGGAAACACGGCGCUCAUGUUCGCCUCCGCCGGGGGACACGAGCAGCUGGUCCGGUUCCUGCGGAGGAAAGGAGCGCCAGUGGACCGACGGAACCAUUACGGCUGGACGCCACUGAUGCAAGCUGCGAGGUCCGGUCAUCUGAGCGUGGCUCAUAUUCUGCUGGAGAGCGGCGCGGAGAUCAACAGCAGGAACCGGAUGGGUGCCAGCGUCCUGAGCAUGGCUGCUCGCGGAGGGAACGCUCACGUGGCCUAACCCUAACCUAACCCUAACCCUAACACGUCAUAUUGUGUCAAAUCUAGAAACAGGAAACGCUCAACUGGUGAAGGAGAUCGUGGAGGAGGACGCGUCUCAGGUGAACGUCUCUAACGCAGACGGAGCGUCUCCUCUGAUGAUGGCGGCGGUCAGCGGGCAGCUGGAGGUGGUGCAGCUGCUGGUGGAGAAGCACGCAGACAUGGACAGACAGGACUCGGUGCACGGCUGGACGGCGCUCAUGCAGGCCACCUAUCACGGGAAUAAAGACGUGGUGAAGUUUCUUCUGAAUCCACUCUCCACCAAUCAGCUCGCUCCAUUCCCCGACGAGGUUCCUCUGGACGCCACCAUGAAAGCAGAGGAGUCGAGCGCAGCUGCAGCGCCUCCUGCUGGAGCUCCGAGCGCAGACGUCUGCACCGCGUGGACCAGCAGGAGUAAAGACUGCGGUUUGAAUGGAACAAGAAGUGGGAAAGAUGACUUCCUCAUCACGACGAUGCUGAGGAACGGCGCGCCGCUCGCUCGUCUGCCCAAUGAGAAGCUGAAGGCCGUCAUCCCGCCGUUCCUGCCGCCGUCGAACUUUGAGCCGUGGAACUCGGAGCGCUGUGGAGCGGCGAAGGAAGGCCGGAGCGGAAACAUGCCGCAGAGACCCGGCAGGAGCAGCUGCGCCAACUCCGAUAUAACGUCCAUUAGUCGAGUGGUCAGCAGGUCCAUCAAGUUUCCCAGCAUCACUAAAGGCCCCUCCCCAUCCAACUCAGGCGGCAGCGGUGCGGACAGUGUUCUGUCUCAGAUCGUGGCUCAGAGGAAGAGAGCAGCCGGUCUGUUGGACAGCAGGACCGCCGCUGAAAUGCCCAGUCCUGUACAGAUGCCACUGCCCUCCGCGCCAGACAUCAGCCUGACCGACCACAGCGACGGCCACUCCAGACGGAAGCUGGAGUUAAAGAAGUGUCCUCAGUCAGGAAACUCGUCCACGUCCAAGAGCACGUCGCCCACCCUCACGCCCUCUCCAUCACCCACACCCAAACCAGCCGCCGCUGACUCGCUCUCAUCCGUGUCCACACAGCCCAGAUCCAAGAGCAGUGGCGGCUCCAGCAGCGGCACCAUCACGGACGAGGAUGAGUUAUCAGGGAUUCUGAGAAAACUUUCUCUGGAGAAAUAUCAGUCCAUCUUUGAGGAGCAGGAGGUGGACAUGGAGGCGUUUCUGACUCUGACUGACGGAGACCUGAAAGAGCUUUGAAUUAAAACAGACGGGCCGCGGCAGCAGAUACUCGCAGCCAUAUGCGAGCUGAACGCUGGGAAAGGGAGGGAAAGACAGAUUUUACAAAAGACCAUCCAUAACUUCCAGUCGUCGUUUGGCAGCAGCGCCAGUAACCCUCGACCGGUGGGGUAUCCACGCUAGGAACAUCAGGACUGUGCUGAUGGCGUAACGGCCUCGUCGUGCAUCACGGAGCUCUGUGAGUGAGCGAGGGCACUUCAGGCCUCCAGUGAUCUGAGAUCUGGGUCAUGAACGACUGAACCAGCAUCUGUUGUGAAGAUGAUUCCUCCUGGAGACUGUCUGUACGCUGGGAGGAAGAGGAGGAAACCCGUCCAGAAGCAAAAACCAGCGGCAGUGACGGAGAAAUCGAACCCGUCGAAGCGGCACCGCGACCGUCUGAACGCUGAGCUGGAGCGACUGGCCAGCCUGCUGCCCUUCUCCCCCGAGAUCAUCUCCAAACUGGACAAACUGUCUGUCCUGCGCCUGAGCGUCAGCUACCUGCGGGUCAAGAGCUUCUUCAGCGACCUACUCCAGCACACUUCGUUUACUCUAACUGCGUUUGUCAGUCGCCUGUGUUUCAUGGCGGACGCUCUUUGGCCUGAAUGGAGAGAGUUUUUCAGGAUGAACACUGUCUGCAGUCCUGAGAGGAAACGGCUUGAGCAAGACGCAUCUAAACGCUGAUCCUGCACGAACCAGGAGCUUGAAAAAGGAAGGAGAUCAGAUCAGAUCAGCCACAGGAACCGGAGACGUCACUCGCACAUCAGCGCAGGCCUCUGUGUGUUUGAAGAACAAGAAGAGUGUUCAGGAUGUCAAAUCUGUGGAGAGAAACCACGGCGCGUCCGUGUCCACAACAAACAAAACACGUCAAAUUACCAUGGCAACUCAAAAUAACCAACAAUCAUAA